AUGGUACUAAACGUAGCGCUCUUUCUCUGUUUCGUGGCGGCAGCGGCAUCUGUUGCCAUUCCAGUGCCGGUAACUAAUUAUGCGUAUGCUGAGCCCGAGGUCCCCGCGCAGUACGAAUACUCGUACUCCGUGCAAGAUGACCACAGCGGUGACGUCAAACAGCAGAAGGAGAACCGCAACGGUGAUGCGGUCCACGGCUUCUACUCGCUGAUACAGCCUGACGGUACUCAGCGUAUCGUUGAGUACACAGCUGAUAAGGAGCACGGUUUCAACGCUGUCGUGCGCUAUGAGGGACAACCUCAUGCUACCCACGCGAAACUCGCCUACGCUGCCCCAGCUCAGGUUGCAUACGCACCUCAAGCUCAAGCCGCGUACGCUCCUGUCCCAGUCCCUGUCGAGUAUCAAGCUCCAGUCACCAAAGUAGCAUACGCUCCGGCACCAGUUGCAAAAGUAACUUACAACGCGCCCGCUACGAACUACGCUCCCGUAGCAUAUGCUCAAGCUCCCGUCUCUAAAGUAGCGUACGCCAAUCCUGCGCCUGUAGCAUAUGCUAGUUCAGCCCCUACAGCUUAUGCUGCUGCCCCCGUCGCUUAUGCUCAGGCACCCAGAGUGGCCUACACCGCACCACUAGGUCACGUCACUUAUUCCUCUCCCGACUUUUCAUAUCAACACUAG